AUGGAAAAACACAAGGAAGAUGAACUAGAUUAUGAGUCACAGAAAGUGGAAAUCUUAAGAUUGGACCAGUCAAAGAGGAACAUUAACAGUUUGAAUAUGGACCUUGAAAGGGAUAUGCAGAGAAUUGAUGAAGCAAAUCAGGACCUUCUUCUCAAAAUCCAUGAGAAAGAAGAUGAGAUUCAGAGGCUGGAAAAUGAGAUCACUCAGACCAGAGACCUGGCAGAGGAUGAGGAGUGGGAGAAGGAGAACUGCACUACAAUGGAAAGGGAAAGGGCCCUGCAGGAGCUAGAAGAAGAAACAGCCAGACUGGAAAGGAAGAAUGAGACUCUGGUCCACAGUAUAGCAGAACUUGAAAGAAAGCUUACAAGGAAAUCUCAAAAGGCAACUAAGUGUGAACAAGGCAAUCUAAAGGGAACCCCGGAAGAGUCAAAGGUUAAGUUACAACAGCUGGAAGCCUCCUGUGUGGACCAAGAGAAGGAGCUGGCCAAGGUAAGAGAAGACUAUGCAUUUGUGGCUCAGCUCUGUGAAGAUCAGGCCCUCUGCAUAAAGAAGUACCAGGAAACUUUAAAGAAAAUAGAAGAAGAACUAGAGACUUGGUUCCUUGAGAGAGAAGUGUCGAAAGUCAUGAGCAUGAACUCUGCAAGCAAAGAGUGUAACAGUCAAAAUAACAAGGAUAACUCUCUUCAAAAGAAGAAAACAGGGUUCUGUAAAAGGAUGUUUCAAUAUUUCUUUUUCACCAUCCUGUUUUUCAUCAGACUGCUGGGAUACUUGUUGUUGCACAUAAGUUUUAUAAAUCCAGAUCUCUUUGUCAACAUACUGCCCAAGAUACUGAGCAGGAACAUCUUGUGGAAGCUAAGAUGCUUCCUCUUUCCAUCUCUCACACUUGAGACAGAGGACAUGUUACCCCACUGA